AUGAUCUUUGUGCCAAACAUGAUAGUUGUUGUAACAAGUGGAAAGAACGCAGGAAAGAAAGCUGUUGUGAUAAAGCAACUUGACGAGAGAUACGUCCUGACUGCAUGUGUUGUCAGGGUUCCGAAGGACUCGGAAGAUCACCAGCCCAAGUGGAUAAAACGUAGAAACUCUAAGUUCUAUGUCGUGCUUAAGAAGUACAACAUCAGCCAUCUAAUUGCCACAAGGUAUAAGGCAGAUCUGGGGCUAUCAUCAAUUGACUACAGUGGGAUUGAGCAGAAUGCCGAAACCAAGAGGGUCCUUACCGACAAGACAAAGGAUUUUAUGAUGAAGGCAUGGAAAGAGAGCAAGGCAAAAUUCCUCUUUUCAUCCCUCAGCUUUUGA